CCGUCAGCUUUAUUUUGGUGUCAGCACAUGGCCACAGGUGGAGUCCGACUGGAGCUGAGUCGCCUGCAUCACAAAGGCAGCAGUGACGUGUGUGUGUUACCUUCAUUCUCUCUUUCACGCUCGACUUUUUGUAGUUUGAGGAAACUUUCUCGCCUCCGUCGCUGAGUGAGAGCAGGUGGACGGAACACCUCUGAUAACAGGAAGUUUAUCCAUAUAUUACGACAUAACCACUUGAUGGCAUUGACCGUGAGCCUGAUCGGCCCAUCACCAUGGGGCUUCAGAAUAUGUGGAGGAAGGGACUUCAAGAAGUCCAUUACAGUAUCCAAGGUCAACGGGGGAAGCAAAGCAGAUCAGGCGGACCUGCAACCUGGUGACAUCAUUUUGGAGAUCAAUGGCGAAAAUACAGCUGACAUGCUCAAUGCGGAGGCCCAAAAUAAGAUCAAGAACUCAAAGACUAAUCUGCAGCUGCUGGUGGAAAGACCUGAUCCUCCCAAUCCUCGACAAUCAAAUGGCAUCACCACUCCUGAACAACUGACUGGGCGCUUCCAGGAGGCAGUAAUGGUGAGUCGAGAUGAGAACCAGAACUACAGGGAGUACACCAUUUCCAGCCCGGCCUCACUUUCCCCUGGACCUUAUUCCCCGGUUCCUCCUUCCAGUCCCAAUGAAAAGAGAGAGAAAGUGAUACAAGCCAUUAACAAAAGUGUUCAGAUGCGUUCAUGGUCUCCUGAGGAGAAGAGUCAGAGGGUGUCCAGACCACUGUCACAGGACUUCUCCCCUUCAGACUACAGGAAUAACUCUGUGUCCAGCAGAACUCCAACCCCACCGGGACGCUACUCCCCUCAAAGUCCCAUUGACCAGGACAUGCCCAUGUCCCCCCGCCGCAGCUCAGGCUCCGACUUCGCCAUGCAGAGGUUUGACAGGGACUCUGAAGUCUACAAGAUGAUCCAGGAGAACCGGGAGUCCCGCAGCGCCCCCCGUCAGUCCAACACCUUCAAGAUGCUGCAGGAAGUGUUGGAGGCAGACGAGAAAGAGGCUGCACUGAAGUUCCCCGGGAAUCUUACGCCCAACGCUCCUAUAACACAUUCUCCGGUGGGAGGAGUCAGCAAAUACCACACCUGUGAGAAGUGUGGCACCAGUAUUGUCACACAGGCCGUGCGCAUCGUGGACGGCCGAUACCGACACCCGCAGUGCUACACCUGCACGGAUUGUGGUCUGAACCUGAAGAUGAGGGGUCACUUUUGGGUCGGCGACAUCAUGUACUGCGAGAAGCAUGCCAAACAGAGGUACCCGGGCCCUGCGUCCCCACUAGCCACGGUGUCUCCUCCUCGCCACUGAGUCUUCCACAGUCUGCCCCGCUGUGCUGCUGCUCACAGACAUUUGGGAAGGGGGUGUUGAGGUGGACUGGGAUAAAUAUGGAAUAAGUAUUUUUCUGUUCUGGUCGUGUAAAAUACACAAUAUCGUCCUUCUCGAUCUCGUUUUCUUUCUCUAUUUAAGAGCGUUUCCUCUGGCCCCGCCUCCACGGUUAUUCUUAGCUUUAAUGGUGCGCAGCUGCCCAGACUCUGGUCACAUCACCAUACUUUCUCGAAAUUCAAAGAUCUGGAAUCACGUGGUGACAAAGGGACCAACAUUUACACUGCACGCUUUUGUGAGGAGUGUGUGUGCAAGUGGAAGAAAAAAGUUGUUAAUAUUGGGACAAAAACCCGCCAAGUAUAUCUAGUUUCCUUUUCUGAGUGGAUAUAUAAGUAGAGAUGAUGAUUAUAUAUAUAUAUUUGCUGACUUGUUUUGCUGUUAUUGCUUAUGAGGGACUGUAGUUUCAUUUAAUAUACAAGUAUUUGAUGUUGUUUUUUUUUCUGAUUGAUCUGUAGCUCUAUAUAAAACCAUCAACAUGCACCGUGUAUGGCCGAGACAUUUAGUGUGAGAAGAGUGGAUGCUGAUAUUUAACUUGAUAUCCUCUACAAUACACCAUGAUGUUUGCAUUUCAUAUGGCACUUAAUAAA